AUGCCGCUCCGUUCGCCCACGGGCACCGGCAUCACCUCACUUGGACGGUGUGGGAAGGGCCGGGAUACGCAUCAUGCACUGACGCUGACGCUGACCUUUACGCUGCGGAGUACCGAGGAGGUAGUGGCCUUUGAGGCUGUGCUGGGUCAAGUCGCUCAGGCAGCGGCGGGGCAGGCCGGGUGCACCCGGUACGAGAUCUUGCGCGUGGUGGGUGGCCCGGGGCUGGAGCGGCCGCAGUAUACGGUGAUUGAGUCUUGGGCCUCGCUUGCUGCCCUCAAUACUCAUCUGGAGACGCCGAGUGUCGUCGCUGCCAAUGCCGCGCUUGUCCCGCUGCUGCAUGAGUCGGUCGAGGCGCGAACGCAUGUGCCGCUGGCCAAGGCAAGGCGCCGUGUCGUUGCGGACGGUGAAGGGGUUCGUGACGAAGGCGAUGGCGGUGAUGGAGGCGUCGUCGACAAAGACAACGUAGGGAGCAAUGCCGGUGUCGAUGACGAGGAUCCAGGGAGCGAUGACGACGAUUCAGGGAGCGAUGACGAGAGCGAUGACGACGAUUCAGGGAGCGAUGACGAGAGCGAUGAUGGGAGCAACUCGCUGGACGACCUGCUCGGAUCCUCGGCUUCAUUAUGA